AUGGAGAGAUCGCCCUCUGAACAGCCUUUCUUCACCACCAUCGCCAUGACCAAAUCAAUCUCCAAAAAGACUGCGAGUGUUUUCACCAUCUUUGUUCUCUCAGUCCUUGUUCCCGGAAAUUCCCAAACUUUCUCGAGAAACCUGUCUACAAAAUCACUUGGCCUCAAGAAAGAGAAGCUAAGCCACCUCCACUUCUAUUUCCACGACAUAGUCAGCGGCCGAAACCCCACCGCCGUCCGUAUCGCCUCCGCCGCCAUGACAAACACCUCCGCCACCGGCUUCGGCGCCAUCGUCAUGAUGGACGACCCCUUGACUGUCGGUCCAAAUUUAAGCUCCAAACUCGUCGGAAGAGCUCAAGGAAUCUAUGCAUCGGCGGCGCUGGAGGAACUUGGGUUAUUGAUGGUUCUCAACUAUGCUUUUGUUGAAGGUAAGUACAAUGGAAGUAGUCUAAGCAUAUUGGGCCGGAACACCGCGUUGUCUUCGGUGAGAGAAAUGCCGAUCGUCGGAGGAAGUGGGAUUUUCCGGUUUGCUCGGGGCUAUGCUCAGGCGAAGACUCACUGGUUUGACAUCAAGACUGGGGAUGCUAUUGUGGAAUACAAUGUUUUUGUCUUCCAUUAUUGA